AUGGCAGGAAACAGGAAGAAAAAGUCACUAACUGGUCCCAAAUGUAAAGGCAAUGUUACAAAAACUCAAAACAAAAUUCAAUGUGCUGGUGGGUGCAAGGAAUGGUUCCACAAGUCCUGCUCUGGAUUGACAGAUGAGGAGUUUACUGCUUUCGAACUACUUAGAACAGAUGAAAAAUGGUGCUGUGUCACAUGUUCUAUCAACCUUGAGACUAGUGACUUGGAGCCUGAAGAAAGUGAUGAACCUCUGGUACCUGUUAGAUCCCAGAGACUGAGCACUGCUACUGUGUGCUUUAAAUACGUCUGGUGCAAAGAUGACAACAUUUUAGCCAGAAAGACUGAAGGUGCCCCUGUGAUUCGCAUAAUUACAUCGGGACAAGUGGAUAGUUUAAAAACAAAUGUCUAG